AUGAACACAAAGAUUGUUGUCGCUCUGUUUGCUUGUGCUUUCCUUACUGUCGGAGCUGUAGUGCAGCCAAUGUUGAGUUGUCACUCGAUUCAGGAUGGUAGGAACUUUUUACAUUACAAUCGCUUGAUUGGCGAGCCAAAAAUCGUUUUUUGAGGAAUCUACAAUGUUUUUCGAUGCCCAGAAAUAUGUCGGACAUUUUGAUCACCCAAUUUAAUACUUCAAUUCUUAACACAAGAUUGUUUAGGCCGAGCUCUCGCUCCAUCUGGCUUCGAGACUUGCAAACCUGAUGUUGCUGCUUGUGUAAAGAAAAUUAACAAGGGAAGCAAACGUGAGACACAGUAAGCAUUAUUUCCAGGUCUUUUCUGCCAACCGGCUGGCUUAAAGAUGGUCUUUUCAGUGUCUGCGACCGCGAUCACAAAUGUCGGGCCGACAAGAAACAUGUCAGCGACGAUGAAUACGAUUACUACUGCUGCUAUUCCGACAAAUGUAACUCGGCCGCCUCGUUGGGCGCUGGAUUGAUCGCUGUUUCCGCCGUCACCAUCAAAAUGAUCUUCUUGUAA